AUGGCACCCGGUUUCCAACCGCAAAAGGCACCAAGCUGUCCAAAUGACGCGAUAGCAUUCCCUGCAACGAAUGUACAAACAGAGGAUGAGUCAUGCACGACGCCAUCGAGUGGUACGGGCAGAUGUAUAUCUUUGUACGACUGCAGCGAACUUUUAAGUAUCGUGAAUAAACCUAAUAAAUCUCACAAAGAGCUUGAUACCUUGAGACGCUCUAGUUGCGGGUUUGAUGGGAGUACACCAAAGGUUUGCUGUCCAACAUUCGAACAAUCUGAUCAAAGUAACUUGUGCUUCACGCCAGACGGCCAGCAGGGCGAGUGCAUAAACCUUCACUCCUGCAACCACAUCGCGAAUUUCCUCAAACCUCCUGUUUCUCAGGACAGUAUUACUUUCGUUCAGAAUUCAAGAUGUGAAACCACUGACCCCUACAGCGUGUGCUGUGGUCCACCUCCAGACCUGAGCUUUAAACCAAACACCGUCUGUAAUGGACAACCUGGUAUUGCGCCUCCUGACCCUGCUUCAGGCUGUUGUGGACAGCAUGUUGCUUUGCCAGACAGGAUUAUAGGCGGCACCGAAACAGGCGUAGACGAAUAUCCCUGGUUAGUCCUCAUCGAAUACUCGAAGAACAAUAAGAUCAAGCUUCUCUGCGGAGGGGCUCUUAUCAGCGACCGAUACGUACUCACUGCUGGGCAUUGCGUUGUUGGAGCAGUGCUUCGUGCUGGUACUCCCCGUAACGUGCGUCUAGGCGAAUAUGACACAUCAAAUGACGUCAGCCAGGCAGACUGCAUACCUGCUUCUUCAGGUGGUGACGAUUGCACAAAAGGCCCUGUCAUCAUACCUAUUGAAAAGGUCAUCCCACAUCCGGACUACAAGCCUCAAGAUACAACGACCAGAAGACAUGAUAUUGCCUUAAUCAGGAUGAGGGAAUCGGCGCCUUACACCGAAUUUAUUCGUCCAAUCUGCUUACCAACAUCCGAUGUGACCUUGACGCCACCUGUCGGCUGGCAGAUGAUUGCGGCUGGAUGGGGCGCUGUCAAUGAAACUCAUAGCAAGAGUAACGUUAAGUUGGAUGUGCAGCUACCGUUUGUGUCUUAUUCUGAUUGCCAACCCGUGUACGCCGUCCCCCGCCGCAAAGUCGACCUCUGGCAGGGUCAAAUGUGCGCUGGUGGUGAGGAGGGAAAAGAUUCCUGCAAAGGAGACUCGGGAGGUCCUCUCAUGUGGGAGAACCCUAAAGGAAACAAGUUCUUUGAAGUUGUGGGGAUUGUCAGUUUUGGACCAACUCCAUGUGGGAUGGAGAAUGUGCCUGGUGUUUAUACGAAAGUGUACCAAUAUAAUCCUUGGAUACGUCAGACUAUUAGACCAUAGGAUUUUAGAUUGCGAUUUUUCCUGCUGAAUUUGAACACGUCUUGACUAAUAGCCCAUUAUCGCCGAGUCGUCUGCCGCCUUUGGUAGACUACUUCACCUUGCCGAAGGCGACGCAGUCGACUCGCCGUUUAUUUAACUAAAAAUUUCCCACAUAAUUAUCUCGAGAAGAAAAAUAAAGUUUUGGUAAAACAAAUAUAUAACGUACACAAACCAAAGUUCAUAAUGCACGUACAUUAUUGCAGAAGUUGGAAAGCAAGGAAUUGCCGGACGAGUAU